GAAGUUGCCAAGGUGUGAAGAUGUUACAACAAUUAAUAAAACUGUUAGUAGUGUUCAUCUUUCUAGGGUACAUAGUGAUAUGGAUUUUGAUGCCUACCAAUGUCCUUUAUGUGCACUCUCUGCCCCUUUACCAUACUUCAGACUCCAGGUUCUUAUGGCGGACCCCGAGGUUUCUCAAGGGAACCACCUUUUGCAUCUUCUUCGGGGACCAAGGUGCAAAUAUUUUAAUUUUCGCGGUUCCGGUCCUAGUCAUGGCUUGUUUGAGUUGUUUAUACCUGCACCUGCAAAUGAAGUACCGCAAUCAUGUAGAUAAAAGCAGCACGUCUAAGUCCUCUGGUCUAGCGAGGUGGAGGCGGCCAGCAUUUCUUAAAGGCCCUCUUGGAACCAUUUCUUGGAUUGAGUUAUUUUUCUCGUUUCUUUUUGUUGGGCUCUUAGCCUGGUCCUCCUGGGCAUAUUUACAUGGCAUCUUUGCAGGCAUAACCAGCUCUUCCGCGGCACAAAUGAGAAAGACAGUGUGGGAAAUCAAAAUGCAGAGAGUAGCCCUAACACAAGCCUUUGUCGGCAACAUCUGUCUCGCUUUCCUCUUCUUCCCUGUAACGAGAGCAUCACCAUUGUUGCGCCUUUUUGGCCUUACUUCAGAGGCAAGCAUUAAGUAUCAUAUGUGGCUCGGUCAUGCUGUCAUGGCUCUCUUCACUGGACAUAGUAUCUGCGCCACCAUUUACUGGGCUACAACACAUCAAAUUUCAAGGGCCCUGAAAUGGGACAGAGUGGGAAUCUCGAAUGUUGCUGGAGAAGUGUCCCUGGUUUUCGGACUAGCAAUGUGGCUGACAACCUUCCCACGCAUCAGGAGAAAUUUCUUCGAGCUCUUUCUUUACACACAUUAUCUCUACGUUCUCUUCCUCGUCUUUUAUGUAUUCCAUGUCGGUUUCACAUAUACCUUUAUAACCCUUCCUGGUUUCUAUCUCUUCUUGGUUGAUCGCUAUCUAAGAUUCAUUCAAUCUCAGCAAAAGGUAAGGCUGGUUUCAGUCCGCGUUUUACCUUGUAAAGCUGUGGAACUAAAUUUUUCCAAGAGUCCAGGACUAAUUUAUAAUCCGUCAAGCAUUGUGUUUGUAAACAUACCUGCCAUAUCCAAGUCGCAGUGGCAUCCUUUUACUGUCACUUCUAACAGUAACAUGGACUGCGACACCCUCAGCGUUUUGGUUAAAAGUGAAGGAACAUGGACCGGCAAAUUAUAUGCAGAGUUCGCGUCUCCUUCACCACUAGACUACCUUAAUGUCUCACUUGAAGGACCGUAUGGGCCUACUCCCCCUAAUCUUUUAAGGCACGACAUGCUUGUUAUGGUAAGCGGAGGAAGUGGCAUUACUCCAUUUAUCUCCAUCAUCCGUGAACUGCUCUUCAUUGCAAGCACAACGAACACUAAGGUCCCUCCGGUCCUCCUAGUGACAUCUUUCCAGAGAACAGUGGAUCUCUCCAUGCUAAAGCUUCUUUUACCAGCCACGGACACUACCUAUGACCUAUCUGCAAUGGACAUAACCAUCGAAGCAUACGUGACAAGGGAGAAAGAGCCCUCAAUGGAGAGUCAAAAGUUCACACAGACCUUAUGGUUAAGACCCAAUGACUCGGACAGACCAGUUUAUGCUCUUUUAGGCUCGAAUAACUGGAUUUGGUUGGGCGCAAUAAUAUUAUCAUCGUUUAUAAUCUUUUUGGUGCUCAUCGGGCUCCUUACACAUUACUAUCUGAAUCCAGAUAAACAAAGCAACCAUGAAAUAUAUUCGGAAACUUCAAAAGCCACUCUGAGCAUGUUGGUUAUGUGUGUGUCCAUAGCAACAAGUGCUACCAUAGGUUUUCUUUGGAAUAAAUGGCAAAGCUAUAGAGAUAUGAAGCGGAUCCAGAAUGUGGAUAUAGAAACGCCAAUGGGAUCGCCAGGACACGAUGACUUUUGGCACUACAAUUUCAACAGAGAGCUGGAAAGCUUUCCCCGGCAAUCCAUACUUCAAGCUACCAAUGUCCAUUAUGGAAUCAGACCAAAUUUCAAACGUAUACUAAUAAAUUGCGACGGAUCCAGCAUCGGAGUUAUGGUCAGUGGUCCAGCUCAGAUGAGGAGAAGUGUUGCAAGAAUCUGCAAAUCUGGUUUAACAAAAAACCUACAUUUUGAAUCGAUUAGCUUCAGCUGGUGAGCUAAACAAGGUGGUGUAUAGAAGUCAGAGAAAAUAGAUCGAGGCCCACGUACUUGAUACAGCUCUGCUUGUUGGCAAAAAAUGUAUGAAUUGUACAGAUGAAACGUCCUAGAUUGUUCAUGUAAUGUUCGUCUCAAGGUGUUUCUCAACUGAAUUUGCAGUUCUGUUUCGCCUUUUUCUUGACUUGUUAGCAAGGCAAGUUAUAGAAUUUCGAAUGUGUAAUUUUCUAGUUUUCUAGUGAGUCA